AUGCAACAACGUCGUGAAGAAAUCCUGGCCAAGAAGGCAAAGCUCGCAGAACUCAAGCGGCAGAGGGAGCUCCGAGCAAACCAAGCAACAGCAACUCGCCAGAGCAUAGGCAGCCCCAGCGAGCUCAUCGCACCACAACCGGGGCGUGGCGACAAUCGCCGCGAUAUCGAAGCUUUGAUCAAUACCCUCGUUGGAGAAAGUCGCCCUGGAUCCACGACCACAGGAGGCGCGGCAUCGCCGGCGCAUAGGGGCAGCCGGCCCAACAGUGUGCUGUCAGCUGGGAGAUUAGCAACGAAACAUCAGAAGUCGCCAUAG